AUGCAGGCGAAGACGCCGAAGGCGCGCCCGUUCGGGUCGAACAGGCAGACCCCGGUCGCGCCGCACACGGCGCCGCACCUCGUCACCGCGCGCAAGGACGGCGACGGGUGGACGACCGGCGGAAGCGAGAGCAGCGCGACGGGCGGCGCGCGCGACGACGACGACAGUCCGUUCGACUCGGCGUACUACCACCGCGGAGGCGGCGGCGCGCGCGCCACCGCGGCGCGGACGGAGGGAAAGCCGCCGCCGACGCUGUCGAAGCGCCUGUACCGCGCGAUGUUCGGCGCGGUGCACAACACGCCGGAGACGGUCGCGAACGAGGCGCUGGCGACCGCGACGCACUGGUUCAACCCCGAGGCGUACACGCGAGAGAAGCGGAUCUGGGUCGCGCAGCAGCGAAGGCUGGCGAGCGACGGGCAGCUCCCGGGCCGAGGGCCGCCGAUCGACUCCGCGUUCGAAUACUUCAUCGUCGCGGGGCUGCCCACGACCGCGGACGUCAGCGCGGUCGCGACGAGCGCCAAGGCGGCCAAGGCGGCGCGGCUCGCGGGCGCGGAGGUGCCCGUGAGCGACCCCAAGUCGGAGCGGCACUACCGCGGCGUCUCCGGCGACACGUUUCCCGCGGAGAUCCUCUUCUCGUAUCCGCCGAGCGAAACCCCGCUGCCGUUCGAGUCCAUCGACGCGUUCUGUUUCCCGCACGGCGUCGAGCCGAAGCUCGUGGAGCGCACGCCGUCGAUGAGCGGCGUGAACGACGUCGUCUACGGACAGAGGCAUCUCACCGCGGACGACAAGAGCUUCGUGUUUACUCUGCGGGUCGGAGAGACCGGGGAAGAGACGCUGUACGGGGUGUGCUGCUACGUCGAGGAGCUCGUGCAGAGGGAGCCGGGGAUGAUCGCCGCGGCGAAGUGGGCGGUGGGGUGCGGCGCGGGCGCGCAUGGGGAGGACGGCGCGGGCGCGCAUGGGGAGGACGGCGCGUCGACCGGCGGAUCCCGGGGGUCGGGGGACGGAAAGAAGGGUUCGAAGUCGCGGCGGUAUCUCAUCGCGGCGGAUCGGUGUUAUUGCUUGAUCUCGCGCGUGCCGUUCUUCUCGCUGCACUUUGAAGUGCUGCACGCGAUGUUAGGGAUGGAACGGUUGGAGAGGAUACGCGCGUGCGUCGAGGAGAUGAUGAGCUUGGACGACGACGACCACGGGUGCUCGGAGGGAGAGGAGGAGGCGGACCGGGACCGACCGGCGGCGGCGGCGGCAGAGGCGACGGCAGCGGCGACGGCGAAUCCGAAUCCGAAUCCGAAGCGGCCGUCGCCGAUCGUGGGCAGGAAGCUCACAUUCGCGGAGGGCGGCGACGCGGACGCGGACGCGGACGCGGACGGCGACGGCGACGACGAGCCGAGGACGCCGGACGCGACCACCGCCGGAGCCGCCGGGUUUGGCUCCCCGGUGGAGAUGAAGUCGCAGCCGGCGGGCGAAUUGAAAGGCGUGACGUUCGCCACCACCCCGCCGCCGCCGCCGCCGCCGCCGCCGCCGCCGGUGGUCCGCGACGCCGACGCGACGGCCAAGCUCGCCGCCGCGCCGGAUGCGAUCAUCGCGAACGCGUGCGACUCUCUGAAGAUUCUGUGCGCGUACAAGAAGAUGCCGUUGCCCGAGAUCGGCGCGAGCGUGACGUUCGCGCCGUUGUCGGAAGACGCGCCGUCGAUCACGUUCACGCGGCGCGUCCCGGACGAGAGCACGUCGACGACGAGAGCCGCGGCGGAGAGGGAGAGGGCGGCAGCGGCGGCGGCGGCGGCGGGGGUCAGCGGACUCGGACUCGAGGGGGGCGGGGGCGACGGUUCACGUUCCGAGGAUACGAGUACUACGAAGGAAGACGAAGAGACGCGCCGCGAAGAGGAAGACGAAGAGGAAGACGACGACGACGACGAAGAGGACGUACGGCCGUCGACGCCGCCCGCGGAUCUCUCCGAGCCGUCGUGGAAAUCGCCCUCGGUGCUCCGCCGCGCGAAACGCAGAGGGAAUAACGCCGGGAAAACCCAGCCUACUCCGACGCGUCCGCCGCGACAGCCGCCGCGCGUCGUCAUCACGCCCGCCGAGGAGGCGUCCCACCUCGAGACGUGGACCGUCGCGGCGCUGUGCCGCUGCCUCUCCCUGGAGAAUAUUCUCCUCGUCCUCAACGGCGCGCUGCUGGAGAAACAGAUGGUCGUGCUGUGCCCGAACCUGGGCGAGCUCAGCGCGUGCGUGCUGAGCGCGCCCGUGCCGUUCGUCGUGGGCGUGCAGCACAAGACGUCGGAGGUGCGGCGAUGCACGAAGGACUUAUCUCGCGUCAACGCGUACAAGGACACGGUGAAACUGCGCGGGCACACGCCGGCGUUGCCGCGGUUGAAGGAGUUAAGCGCCGUCUUGCGGCCGUUGCACUACGCCGUUCAGGUCGCGAUGCGUGGCUCGCGGCGGCAUCCGAUCGCGGAGCCGAGCGGAGAGGCGCGGAUCGCCGCGCGAGCGUUUCUGUCGGCGUGGAGAGAGUACCUCGCCGCCGUCGUCGCCAACUUGCGCGCGUACGCCAUCACCGAGGUCAACGCCGACGAGGAACGCGUGUCCAUCCUACUGAAGGAUUCGUUCGUGGACUCGUUUAGCAGAACCGACCGCGCGUUCAUGCGCGCGUUCUGCGAGACGCAGAUGUUCGACGUCUUCGCGGACGAGGCGCUGAAGAGCUGACCCGCGGAGAGGGGCGACGAGCGCGAUGGAACGACGACGACGGACGGGGCGAGUCGAGUCGAAGGGCGGCGCGGGGCGAGGCGACGAUUCCGUCUUGAAGUACACGUGUAGUUUUCCGCGCCGGACUCAUCGCGCGUCCUUCCGAAUUCAAUUCGAGAAUAAAAAGGGCGGCG